AUGGAGGGUCAAAUGGUAGGGGGCCAGAUUGAGAUUCAAAACGGUGGAUACGUCGAGAUGACGUCUGAAAUGUUAGGUGUAAAUAUGGAAUCUCAAAUGCAACUUCAGAUGAUGAGCGAGCAACAGUUGGACUCAGUGAAUGGUGAAGGAAUGACAGUCAUAAUAGGAUCACAGGAACUUGAUGGACAGCAGUUUAAUAUUCAAAAUGGGGUCCAGUAUCAAGUAAUAGACGGACAACAAGUAGUAGUAGGAGAUACUUCGGUACAAAUGCAAAUGUCUAUGUCAUCGUCCAGAGAAUAUGGCGGCCAGAAUUCCCAGACUGAGGGGGGCAUGAUACAAGGAACAGAGAUAGUAUACGGUUCAACACAAGCAACAGAUAUGACAGCCGAUGGGAUGAAUGGUUCUGUAAUGCAAUCCCAAGAGAUUGCACUUGACAGCAAUGGCCAAAUGAUUCAAAUGGAAGGAAUGUCAAUGGGACAAAGCGGAAUGACGCAAGAAAUGUCUUUUGAAGCGACUGAACAACAAAUGCAGAUGCAGGAAAUGUCCAUGCAGGAAAUGUCUUUGCAAGAUAUGUCAAUGACUAUGGAAGGAGUGACUAUAGAAGGAAUGACUAUGCAAGGAGGAAUGGCUAUGGAAGGAAUGACGACUGUAAUGCAAUCCCAAGAGAUUGCACUUGACAGCAAUGGCCAAAUGAUUCAAAUGGAAGGAAUGUCAAUGGGACAAAGCGGAAUGAUGCAAGAAGUGUCUUUUGAAGCGACUGAACAACAAAUGCAGAUGCAGGAAAUGUCCAUACAGGGAAUGUCUUUGCAAGAUAUAUCAAUGACUAUGGAAGGAAUGACUAUAGAAGGAAUGACUUUGCAAGGAGGUAUGGCUAUGGAAGGAAUGACGAUAGAGGGAGGAAUGACAAUAGAAGGAAUGACUAUGGAAGGUGGAAUGACUGUAGAAGGAAUGACUAUGGAAGGUGGAAUGGCUAUAGAAGGAAUGUCGAUGCAAGAAAUGAAUAUGCAAGAGAUGCCCCUAGAAAUGCAAAGUCAGGAGAUACAAAAUCAAGAGAUUGCAUUUGAAGGAGGCGAGAUCCAGGAACAGCAACUUGAGAUGAGUGAGAUGACUAUGCAAGGAAUGCCAUUGGAGAUAAGUGGAGGAGAAAUGCAGACGCAAGAAUUCUCAGUGCAAGAAAUGGGAAUAGUUAUGCAAAGUCAAGAAAUAGAAUUAACGGGAGGAGGGAACGAGCAGCAAUUGGAGAUGAAUGCUAUGACAAUACAAGAAAUGUCAGCUGUGGACGGUGAGUACCAAAUUGAAACGAGUGAACUGACGGUACAAGAGAUUCCACUGGAUAUGGUCGGGGGUGAGACCCAGAUACUGGAAAUGUCAAUGCAGGAAAUGCCUUUGGAAAUGCAAAGUCAAGAGAUAUUAGCCGUGGACGGUGAGUACCAAAUUGGAAUGAGUGAAAUGACGAUACAAGAAAUACCACUGGAUAUGGCUGCAGGAGAAACCCAAAUUGUGGAAAUGUCUAUGCAGGAAAUGCCUUUGGAAAUGCAAAGUCAAGAGAUAUUAACUGUGGACGGUGAGUACCAAAUUGGAAUGAGUGAAAUGACGAUACAAGAAAUACCACUGGAUAUGGCUGGAGGAGAAACUCAGAUAAUGGAAAUGUCCACGCAGGAAAUGCCACUGGAGAUGCAAAGUCAAGAAAUUUCCAUUGUAGGAGAAGCCGAAAUCCAAGAACAGCAAUUUGAGAUGAAUGAAAUGACAAUUCAAGAAAUACCACUGGAUAUGGCUGGAGGAGAAACUCAGAUAGUGGAAAUGUCCAUGCAGGAAAUGCCACUGGAGAUGCAAAGUCAAGAAAUUUCCACUGUAGGAGAAGCCGAAAUCCAAGAACAGCAAUUUGAGAUGAAUGAAAUGACCAUUCAAGAAAUACCACUUGAUAUGGCCGUGGGAGAAACUCAAACUUUGGAAAUGUCUAUGGAGGAAAUGCCCUUGGAGAUACAAAGCCAAGAAAUUUCCGUUGUGGAAGGGGACGAGAUCCAAGAACAGCAAUUUGAGAUGAGUGAAAUGACGAUUCAAGAAUUACCAUUGGAUACGGCUGGGGGAGAAACUCAAACAUUGGAAAUGUCUAUGGAAAAAAUGCCCUUGGAGAUACAGAGUCAAGAAAUUUCCGUUCUAGAAGGAAGCGAGACUCAAGAACAACAAUUGGACAUAAGUGAAAUGACUAUACAAGAAAUGCCGUUGGAUAUGGCUGGGGGAGAUAUACAGACACAAGAAAUGUCAAUUCAGGAAAUGUCUUUGGAGAUGCAAAGCCAAGACAUUUCCGUUGUAGAAGGGGGCGAGAUCCAAGAUCAGCAGUUUGAGAUGAGUGAAAUGACUAUACAAGAAAUACCACUGGAUAUGGACGAGGGAGAAAAUGAAAUAUUGGAAAUGUCUAUGCCUUUGGAGAUGCAAAGCCAAGAAGUCUCAGUUGUGGAAGGGGGUGAGAUGCAAGAGCAGCAGUUUGAGAUGAGUGAGAUGACUAUACAAGAAAUGCCGCUGGAUAUGGCUAGUGGAGAUGUAAUGUCACAAGAAUUGUCUAUGCAGGAAAUGCCUUUGGAGAUGCAAAGCCAAGAAAUCUCGGAUGUGGAAGGGGGUGAGAUGCAGGAGCAGCUGUUUGAGAUGAGUGAGAUGACUAUACAGGAAAUGCCGCUGGAUGUGACUAGUGGAGAUGUUCAGACUCAGGAAAUGUCUUUGCAUGAACUACCACUGGAGAAGCAAAGUCAAGUAGUUUCCGUCGUGGAAGAGGGAAAAAUUAAAGCAGAGCAGUUAGAAACCACAGUACAAGAAAAGCCAUUAGAACAGAACAAUGUCAGGAAAGUUACUGAAAGUCAGAAACAAGUCCGGUUGGAUAAUAGUCUCAAUCAAGAGGAGCAAGCUCCUGUUGAACAGACAGCUGAAGAAGAAGCUGUAUCGAAUAUUGGAGAAUCCAGCUGGAGUAUAGAGGUAAUAGGAACGUUAGAGGAACAAGAGCUGGAACGAAGUUGGAGCAUGGAAGUAGUUGGAACAAUUGAUGACCAGGAAAAUGACAAAAGUUGGAGUACAGGAGAAGAAAGCCAGAUAUCCUCCAACGGACUAACCCAAGAAACAGUUUCGAAAGACGUUAGUCAGGAAAAUGAAAAGCCCGUCGAGAAGAAGCAACACAAUCAGGUGAAACCUGAAGAGGUGCGGUCUAUCGAUGACGUUGCAUCAGUUAUUGACAACAGCAAGAGCGAAGAAACGAAGUCUCACGGAGGUGAUAAAAAGGUUGGUGGCAAAAAAACCACGUCAGACCAAACUGAGGUAACACAGAAAGAGACCUGUGAUCACAACAUAGUGAUAGAACAAUUUCUGGAAAGGAUUACCAAACUUGAAAAAGAGAAAGAGUAUUUGGAAGGACGUUACGACGAACUACGACAAGAGAGGGAAACUUUGGUGAUAUCAAGUAGGGAAAGGAUGCAAAAGACGGAAGAUCAUCACCAUUGUUGCGAUAUAUUGAAAGACUAUAGUAGCUUGAUCGAGUACAUCACUACUCCGAGGGAUGUCUCUUUACAGGAUCAUAGUAAUUUACAUGGAUGUGAUUUUACCCAUACUUACGACGUUCAUGAAAGUGUUAGAGAGAUUAGUAGGAAUUCAAGCCAACUGUCUAAUGACUAUGAGUACUAUAAAUCCAAGUGCGAUCAAAUAAAACGUGAAAAGGAACGCCUGGAGAGAGCUUAUGAAAACGAAAAGAAGCAGAAAGAGGAGUUUGAAAGGGAAUACCAAACUGAAAACGACGAAAAGGUUUACCUCGAAGAAAGGUACCAAGAAAUGUUGGAGAGCAUAAAUCGAUUUGAUGAAACCAUUCGUUCCCUGAGACGUGACAAUGAAUGCUUACAGAGCAAACUAAACGAGUGGGCGUCAUCUCAAGCUAGGACAAACACACUGGACAUGGGCACGCUCACAUCAGAUCGAGAUGACGAUGGUGAAGAUCUUGCGGAAUAUAAGAAAAAUAUUCUUGCGUUAGAGAAAGAGAACAGAGAAUUCAGGUCAAUUCUUGACGUCUUAAGUAAAAAAAAUGAAAGCCAAGAAAGUUUGAAGAACAUUGAAAUUGGACUAGCUCGAGAGAACGAAUUUAUUGAGUUAAAGCGAGAAAGAGUGAGGUUAGAGGGGAACAUGAGAGAGUUGAAACGAACAAACAAGCAUCAACAGAAUAGGAUAGAAGAUAUUCGAAAGGAAUCGUCAUUAGAGAUUUCUAAAUUGAAAGAUAAAAUCCGAAAAUUGGAAUGGUCUCUAAGAGAAAACAAAAAAACCCUAGAUGAUAAGGAAGACGAGAUUUCUGGUCUGAAAAAACGACAUUCAGAAGAACUUCGUAGCAUUGAUAUGAGACUGCAGAGUCAGAUUUCAAACACACUACUGGCAAAGAGCCAACUAAAGGAUUUACAAUCCAAAAUAGAACGGCUGGAGGAAGAAAGGAACAGACUAAGAGAGGACUUGAGAAGUUCAUUUGUGGGUAGCAGGGAUCGACAUUCAGGCGUAGACUUGGAUUACCAGGAUAUUGAAAUGGUGCGUCAAAAGUACGAAGAAGAAAAAAGAAGCAAGAUGAGUCUUGCUAACGACAUAAAGUAUCUGCUUGCUGACAUCACGGACCUUAAAGAAAGAAACCACAGACUACAGGAAGAUUUUCUUCGAGAGAGAAUGGAAAUAAAAGCGAUGAUAGAAAAACAAGCCAAUGAAAUUACUCAAGAAUAUCUCUCACAGAUCAGCAAAUUGCAGAAAUCACUGAUAGAUGAAACGAAACGAAGGCAGGAGGCCGAAGCUGGCAGAAAUGGGCCGAUAUACAGCCACGAAAAUCAUACCACCUUUCCAGGUAAUCAGACUGACGUGAAUUCCAGAACUGGUCGGGGUGACGAUGAUAUCCAGGUGCAGCUAACAAACGAGAUAAGACGACGGGAAAACCUAGAAGCGGAGAAUAAGAAACUCCUAUAUAAACUAAAUGAAAUUCUAUCGGCUGAUGGGAAUCACGAAGGACUUGACGAUGCUAAUUUCAAAUUGAUCAGUUCGAGAGGAAAUGAAACACACAAUGUAGGGUCCUCAAAAUAUAACCAAGAAAGUGUUAAAAAACGGCAAGAACUGCAAAGUGAAAUAAAUGAUCUUCAUGAUAAGCUAGAGGUGUUGAAAAACGAAGCUAAGAAGAACAAAGAACUCAAGAGGAAAAAUGAAGAUCUUGAGGAAGAAGUCGCUCGAGUGACUCGAAAGCGAGAUGAACUCUUAGCUGGCCAGAGAAACCUCACUCGCGAAGUUGACCAUUUGUCCCGCACCUUGGAUGACGUGGAAAGGCGAAAUAGGAAGCUUUCUGAUGAAACUGAACGAUUCACGCGGAAGAUCCAAGAUCUUGAAGAUUCAUUCCGUCAAGAAAAGAUAACUUUGACAAGAAAUCACGAGAAUGAAAAGGUAAGCGCCGUAGAGGUAGUAGUAAAGGCAAAAGAAGCUUGCGAGAAAAGACUUCAGGCGCAAACAGAAACAACAAGAAGGCUGGAGGAGAAAAUAAGACGCCUAGAAGAACAACUAUCGGCAAGCGUUGGAACCCAAAGGGAGGGCUCCCGUACCACACUCAAUUCGCAUAACGGCGUUUCUGGAGAUCUUAGGAGACGCACCACUGAUUCACAUGACGACAAAUUAAAAGAAGAGGUGGAACAUUUAGAGGCCAUGUUAAGAGAUGCUAAUAGGAAGCAUGCAGAUGAUCUCAAGAAUCUUGAGGCACAAAAAAGACGGAUGUCAGAAGAGUUUGAAAGAGAGCGGCAGUCUUUGGAAAACUACUUUGAGAAAGAGAAUAGUAGCCUGAAACAAAGGCUCUACGACGUUGAGUCGACUAUCCACGGUGAAGGUAUGGGGAUUAUUGCCACGGGAGGAGAAAAUAGAGAAUACAAUCUUAUCACUUCAGAAAGGAGAUCGUCGUUAAGCAAAGACAGAGCGAAAGAAUUACCUCAAUUUCAAUCAAGGAACGAAAAAUACAGCGAGAAAUCCAAGGAAAGUGAGUUUCAGCAAAAACUUCAAGGGAUGGAACAAAGAUAUAAUGAAGAGAAGAGAGAUAUUUUGAAUCGAGCAUCAAAAGAGAAGGCAAAAUUAGAGGACGAAGUAAGAGAGGCCAAGGAGAAAUUAACCGGCUAUCGCCGUUUACUCGAAGACGAAAUCGACGACUUGAAAAGGAAGCAUCGAAAAGAGAUAGAUUUCCUGAACGAAAAGUUAUCGAAACAGAGAGGUGAGUUCGAGGAAAGACUUCGUAUUGGAGAACGCAACGAAUCAAGAGACGUGGUCGGCGGGUCAACCAUUCGUGAAAACUCAAAUCAAUUUGAUCCGAUUAACAUGACGCGAAGAGAAGAUGGCGUGGGAAAGAACAAAGUUCCCAAAGCAUUAGUUGGAACCUCGGGGACGCAGGAAGAUAGAUAUCGCUUUGAAAAAUUAGAUAUAACCCCUCACCAAGAACUCGGGAGUCUAAAUAAUUUUAGUUAUAGGGACGGAAGGUCAACUACAAUAACAGGCCGAUAUGCCUUGGAAGAUGACAAUAGAAUUGGAAGAGGAAGAGCAACUGCUGAAGAUGCCAUGGGAGGAAGAGCUGGUUUAGAAAAUGAAACUGUAAUGUUUAGGGAGGAAACGAGAGAUUACCAAAGCCAGUUGCAAAACGAAAAGAGGAAGCUGAUGGAGGCCAUACAUUCUCUGACACAGGAGGUCAACUCUCUUAAAAGUGAGAAUAGAGAAGUGAAGAACUGCUUCAAGAAAGAAAUGGAAAAGCUUAUCAAAAUUAGCGACAGCGAAAAGAAAACCAUUCGCGAUAGAGCAGCAAGAGAUAAAGACGACGAAGUAACACGGGUAACAGAAAGCUAUGAAGAAAAAUUGUCCUCUGAACGAAAAAGACUGCAAGGAAUCAUUGAUGAAUUUAGACGAAAGAUUACAUUAACAGAAAAAAAAGUCAGGAAUAUGGAAGCCCAACAACGGAACGAGAGAAUACAGUACCAGAAAGAAAAAAUAAAUGCUGAAAAGAGCCUUCUCCAAAGUCACGAUGAGUUAAAGAUGAAAUUGGAGCGAGAUUACAAAAAGAUGCUGAUUGAGGAGAAACAAAAAUUUGAGCAGACAAUAAAGGGAUUAACGAAACAAAUAUCUUUCCUGCAAAAUCAGAGGAAAGAAAUUCAAGAUAAGUUGCUAAAGAACGAGUUAACAGCCAAUGCUCAGGCAAAAGCACAACAGGAGUCAAGAAGCAAGAUGGUAAUUCAGAUGGAGCACGAGAUCUUUGAGCGAAUGGAACGCGAAAAAAGGCCCAUGGAAGAUAAGAUUAAAGACCUUCAACAAGAAAUCAACAAGUUGAAGAGGGAAAAAUCUGAAUUACGUGAUACUCUGGAAGGUGAAAAGCAAGAACUUGAAAAUGAGCUGGACAAAAUGCAAGCAGAGAUGAAGAGAAAGCUCAGCAAGGCGAGAGAGGAUGUGGAGAGAAAUACGAACGUUACAGGGAAACAUAUGAUGGCAACAACAAUAAAAAGUGUCCUUGUUGGUUCCGAAACGAGUCAUCACUGUGCUCAAUCUGAUGUUCGACAAUACAAGGAGCAAAUCAACUUGAUGGAACAACGGAACAUGACUCUUCAAACCAAAACAGAGAGACUGGAGCGCGAGCUCAGAGUUAUGGGCGACAGAUUGAAAACUCUGGAAGUACGAAACAAGGAUUUAGAAUUCGCUAACAGAGAAGAAAUGAGCAAUAGAAACGACGUAUUCCGGUCGGGUUUUGGACUUUAUGGAGAAUCAGACAUCCGCGGAGCCAACGACCUUUCAAUUGGCUCAACAAUUAGUGGCAUGAGGUCGGAGGCCAGAAUGUUCCAGCCAAACGUUUCUCCAAGAAUGAGUUCAGCUAAUGCCAGUUCUUUGCUGGGUUCAGGGCUAUCCUAUGGCGACAUUUUAGACAAGGUUCGGUAUACAAUGCACACCACAGGAAGUAUUUCUGACGCUCUCAGGGGUCCAAUGUCAAGCACAAGUGGAAUAAUCAGCGGAAGGUUCCAUGGGGAUACAAACUCUGCGCUAAGGCAAGGUGAUCCAAUAACAGGAGGAAUGCCUAAGCAAUCAACGAUAUCUUCUCUGGGAGUCAGAAAUGUCGAAGUUAGCAGUUCUCUCGGUAAUGCAGGUGGAAAUUUGACAGCUGAAGGAGUCGGAGGCGACUCUUAUGGCAAAGAAGGGAAUCAUGGGAAAAUCACAGACAUGUCUGUGGUCGAAAUCAAUGAGUCCCAACCCAUAGAUGGUUGGGGAAGUCCUUACUAUGCUGAACCUACCUCAUACUCCAUGGUUACCAACGAAAUUCCAAUGGAAGACCAAGGAGGAAGUUGGAGCAUGGAAGUCGUGGGAACAAUUCCAACGGACCAAAAUAACAAUGCGGAAAUCCAGUCUCUUAAGCAACGAAUUCUGGUGCUGGAAGAGGAAAAGAAAAGUCUCAAUAACAUGUAUCAAAAAACGGUAACGGAUUACGAACUGUCGAAAACAAAACUGAUGCAAGAAUACGAGACAAAGAUCGGGCAACUCAAAAUUGAGCGAGACAACUGGCAAAAAAAGUACAACGAGUCACAAAGAGAAGUCCAAAGACUUAAGCAAAAGAUUUCCGCCAUGGAAAUAGAAAAUCUUCGUAUGAUUGAAGACUUGAAAAGGGAGCUUUCAAACAAAUGUAAGAUGGAGAAGGCAGAGAUGGAAACCAGGUUCUCCACUGAAAAAGAUGAAAUGCAAGACAGCUUCGAAGAACAAAUACACAUGCUUCGAGCAGAAAACGAGGGUCUGCUACAGACGUAUCAGAAGAGCACAAAGGAGUAUGAGAUGAAGAUUGUACAAAUUCAGCAGGAAUAUGAAGUUAAACUAGGACAGCUUAAACUUGACAAAGAAAAACUUGCGAAAAAGAAUACUAACCUCAGCACACAAGUGACUACAUGGCGUGAAAAAUGCUCAUCUCUUGAGAAACAAUACGAAGAAAUGCUGGCAAACCUGAAGAUCGAGUUGACGGAAAAAUGCCAAGUUGAAAAGGGUGAGAUGGAAGCUGCCUUCACGAAAGAAAAGGAAUCCAUGAUGGCAGCUCACCAAAAAUCCCUAGACGAAUAUGAAGUGAGAAUAACUUCAGUCACUGAGCAAUAUGAGGAACAGUUGGCGCAACUCAAAGCGCAGAAGGAUACAUUUGAAACAAGUUACAACGGUUCUUUGGAGGAAAUUACCGAGCUGAAGAAAAAAUUGAAGGAGUUAGAGGAAAGCUACGAGUUACAGAUGAGGGAGCUCCAAGAUAAGCUAAAGAUGGAGUACCUUCAAAAAGAAAAUGCCAUGGAAAGUGAAUUCGAUACAGACAAGCAAGACUUAAUAAACAAGUACAAGAAACUUAUACAACAAGGUGAGAUUAGAAUACUGGAAAUUCGAAAGGAAAACAAAGUGAUUAUUACGAAACUGGAGGCAGAGAAGACACAGCUCAUGGAGAAACAUGCUGCAGAAACUCAGACAUGGCAGGAAAAGGUUAACUCGCUAGAACAGAAGUACAAAGAACAAAUGAAAGCUCUGGAGCAGGAGCUGCUUGAAAAAUAUGAAAAGGAGAAGAAUGAAUUUGAAGUCAACUUCAUGAAAGAAAAAGAAGAAAUAAUUGAAAGCCACAAGACCACGAUUCAGAGUUAUGAAACAAAAUUGACAAGCACUCAACAAGAAUAUGAAGUGAAAAUUGCUCAGAUGGAAAAAGAGAUAGAAAGGCUCGAAGAGACCAAUAAGGCAAACACGGAAAAAAUGGAACAAGAAAUUUUAGUUUUAAAACAGGGUCACGAGAAACAGAUUAAGGCAGUCAAAGAUGAGAUGACAGAAAAAUGCAAUAAGGAAAAAAGUGAAAUGGAGGAGACAUUUUUCAAAGAUAAAAACAAUUUGGUAGAGUCCCACAAGACUGUGAUAACAGAGUACGAAGAAAAGAUUACUAGUCUCCAGGAGGAAUUGGAUGCAAAGGCUGAUGAGAUGGAAAGUGAAGUGAGGGGCCUCAAGGAGUCACACCAAAAAGCUCUUGAAACACUGAGACAAGAAAUGGCUGAGUUAGAGAAGAAGCAUAAAUCAAAUACCAAGGAGCUUAAGGAGGAAAUGACGGCUAAGUUCGACAAAGAAAAGGAAGAAUUAGAGUCAAGAUUUCUAAAGCAGAUGGAGGAGCUAAAGGUGUCCAAUGCAAACACAGUUAAAUCGUACGAAUAUCAACUAGCCGCAAUCAAAGAAAAAUACGAAAAGAAAUUGGCAGAUUUAGAGGCUGCCAUGAACAGUCACGAACAGAAGUAUAAAGAAAAGAUCCAAGGGCUGAGAGAAGAGUUGUCUAGUAGCGUGGAUAAAUAUGAACAGCUUAUUAAAGAAACGAAGAAAGAACUGCGACAAAAAUAUGAGAAGGAAAAAGAAGAGAUGGACAAAGAAUAUGCUGAUGAGAAAUCCAAGUUAACAGAGAGUCACGAACAAACUGUGGCUGAUUACGAAAAGAAGAUAGCAGACAUCCAAGAAGAAAUGAAUUUAAAGUUAGAAAAACUUAGAGAGGAAAAGGUGUUGUUGAACGAAGACCACAGCCAAAAAGAAGAGGAAUUGAUAAAAAAAUGUACGACACUAGAAGAGACUUACAAAUUGAAAAUGACGGAAAUUAAAACAUCUCUUAAAGAAAAAUGUGAAAAGGAGAAGAGCGAGAUUGAGGCAAACUUUGACCAAGAAAAACAACAGCUCAUCGAGAGACAGAGUGAGAUCGUUAAGAAGUACGAAGUUAAGAUAACUGAUCUGCUGCAAGAUUUCGAGAAAAGGAAUUCUCAUUUUACAGCCGAAAGGGAGAAACUCGAAUCGCAGAAGAAGAAAUUACAGGCACAGCUUGAUAAGCUCCGUAAAGAAAUGUUGAAAUUACGAGAGCAAUACGAAACAACUCUGAGAACCACAAAGGAGGAAAUGGCUGACAAGAUGAGGAAAGAGAAUGCAGAAAUAGAGAAGCAAUUCAAAAAGGAAACUGAAAAUUUGAAGGUGCAACAUACUAAGAAGUUACAGCAGAUGAAAACCGAGAAAGAGGCCAUAACAUCUAAACUAGAGCAAACAGUAAGAGAUCUGGAGUCCAAAAUCAAGGACUUGCAAAACCAGUACGAUCAGAAGACAGCUGAGCUAACGAGAGAAAACGACAGAUUAGUUGAGAGGUGCCAGAAUCUAGACAGAAAGAAUACAGAGGAGAACACCAGUCAUAGAACAGAGACAGCCGAACUAAAAGAGGAAAUAAAGAAGCGUGAAAACUGUAUGGAAGAAAACAAGAACAAAUAUGAACAAGAGGUAGAUAAACUGAAGCAAAUUAUAGCGCAGAUGAAAGAGGACAUGGAGCAUAAAAGUAAUCAAUUGACAACGAUGGAGAAAGAGCUAGAUCGAGUUCAAAACAAUCUUAAGGAAAGCCAAGAAGAGUUUAUCUUACAGAUAAGUUCAUUAAAGAAGAAGAUUAGUACGUUAGAAAAUGACAAGAGGGGUUUGUUGAGCCGCAUACAGAGCCUUGAGGCUUCCAAGAAAGACACAAUAGUUUAUUACGAAGAAAGAAUUGUUAAGGAGCGAAAAGAAAUUGAACUGAGGUGCAUGUCACAGGUAUCAAAGCUACAGGAUGCACUCACGAAAGAAUCGCAGGAGAAAGACGAGAUUAACCAAGAGAAUCAGGAACUUCUGAGGGAAGUGACAAAUUGGAAGACAAAAUUCAGCAACGCAGAGGACGAAUACACUAACAACAUGGAAGAUUUGAGGAGCAGGUAUGAAAAGGAAAUAAGCGACCAAAAAAUUGAUUAUGAAGAUGACUUAGCCGAUUUGAAUAAGCAAUUGGAGCAAAAGAAUGUAACCAUUUCAGCACUGGAGAAAGGAAAGCAAGAGCUUACCACGGCGGUCAAUGAGCUAACCAUCACAGUAGCAGGACUUGAGGAGGAAGCUACCAGACAAAACCUUGUAUGGGAGAAAGAUACCCUCGCAAUGAAAAACAAGAUCGAGAUGCUUGAGGAUGAAAAUAGAAAAUUAAACAAUGAAUCGGAACGAUUACGCUUGAAAUUGGAUGACGUUGAAAGACUUUUCAGCGAAAUUGAAGAGCAAAAUGAAGCGACCAUUAAAGACCUCAACGUAAAGAUUGAAGAAUACGAGACAAAGAUAAAAGGAUAUUUGGAGGUUGAGACAGCAAAUCGUGACACGCUUAAGGAACUAUCUCGCUUACGAUCUCAACUUGAGGCUAAUACAGCAAAGGAGAGCAAACUGAACCAGGAGAACGGCACCUUAACAUUAAAGAUAACAGAGUUGGAGUACCUUAAUAGAAGACUGACCGACGAUCUAGCAACAAUGGCCAAAAAAUGUUCAGAUUCAGAGGAAGAACGUAAAAUGGAGCUUGAGCAGUUAAAAGAGAGGCACGAAAUGGAGAGAGAAAAACACAUCGGUGAAAAAGAUAAGGCAACGGUCGAAGUGCGGAGAUUACAAAAGAUCGUAAACGAACUAGAAAGUACUAUAAGACGCUUAAAGGACUCUGCCGAGUCAGUCAACGAGGAGAAAAAGAGAGACGAAGAUCGUUUUAACUUUGAAUUGCAUGGUUUACUUGAGAAAUACGAAAGUGAAAGGAAGAGGAACGAGACGUUGAAGGAGGAGCUCCAGCAGAAGACCCGCAUUUUUGAGGAAAAGAACAGAGAGUGGACACGAAAACUGGAAGAUGCCAGCUAUAGACAUCGAGAUGAAAGAGAAAAGCUCCUAAAGGAAAGGAAAACUUUAGAGGAGAGUUAUGAGAAACAGCUGAAGGAUCUGAAAGAAGAAGCAACCAACGAAAGAGAGAUUUGUGAAAGGAAAAUAAGUCAACUCGAGCAAACAUACAAGCACGAGAUCAACACAGUUCGUUAUGAACGCGAGCAGUACUUUAGAGAAGUAAGCAGUAAGGAAAUAGAGAAGACCCGUAAGGAACUGGAAAAGGAGAAGAAUGAUCUUCAGCAAGAAUUCCUAGCGGAAAAGACACAGCUGAUUGAAGACUAUAACAAGAGAAUUCAAGACGAGAAUAGGAGGUUUACUCAGUGCGAGGAGAAGUAUAAAACUGAAUUAGAAACACUUACAAGGGCAAAGUCGGAGAUGGAGAGGAAGAUAUACGAUCUAGAGACGACAAUUGAAAGAACCAAAGAACAACUGACGUAUCGCUUCACGGAAGAACGUCGUAAGAUAGAGUAUAAGCUAGAAUCGGAGUUGAGGGAAGUCAAGGAAAAACACAGACUAGAGCUCAUAGAACGUUCGCAAAAAGACAAACUGGAUAUGGAGGCAAAAGUCAAAACCGAGAGAGAAGAAUUUGAAGAGAAAAUAAGUCUUGAGUAUCAAGCCAAGAUAACAAAAGAAGUAUCCAAUCGGGAAAGGCAACUGAAAGAUUCUUUCCAGAAACUAGAGAAUGAAUUUCGUGCAGAAAAGGAGCGGUUACUGGAGACGGAAGGAAAAUUGAAGAUGCAAAACGAAUUGUUGUUAAGGGAAAAAGAUGCGUGGCUUAAGCAAAGCCAGAGGGACAAAGAUGAACUGUCCGGAAAAUUGGAACAUGAAAAGGAAUUGCUAAAUGUAACCUUGGAAGCUAUGUCCAGGGAGCUUUCCAAGAUGAGAGAGGAAAAGACUUCUCUAUCCGAAUCCUUCAAGAAAGAAAAACGAGAGCUAGAGAAGAAGUAUGAAACAGAAAUGGCGGAAUGGAGAAACAAGGUCGAAAAGGGAAAGCAAGAAUUGAUGGCACGACUCCGAGAAGAGUACAGACAGGCAUCUCAAGCUAACCAACGAUCGGCAGACGCAACUAUAGCUGACCUUAAAGAAAAACUAGUGAAAGCAGAAAGGAAGAUCGUAGAAGCAGAGGAGAACUUCAAGAAGGAGAAAAGCAAGUUAGAACAUCAAUUUAAGCACGAGAAAAUGGAAAUAGAGCAACGAACUCAAAGGAUCACGCAAGAAUUAAAGGUUUUCUUGGAGCAGGAGUUUUACAAAAGAUCACAAGACGAAAGGAAGAUUUAUGAGAACACCCUGUCGAACCUACGAAGCGAAAUACUAGAACUUCAGGAAGGCAAGAGCAGACUUGAACGAACUUUAUUGGAACAACAAAUGAUCGCGCAUAGCCUCGGGAGAGACGUCAGUUCACUGAAGAGUGAGACGCAGCAGUCAAGCCCUAGGCAACGGGAACUGAGUCUCCUGGAGCGAGAACUUCAAGAGUUACGACACAAAAACGAAAAGCUGAAAAUUGCCACGAAAGAGGCUCAGUUUUAUAACAAUGAGCUUGUACAGUGGGAGAGUGGAAAGAAUUGUCCAGUUUUGAAAACUGCUCAAGAAAUGACGUCCACUGCCUCGACCUCACAGUUUCCUGUAGUUUAUAGCGGAGAAAGAGGGUUAUCGAGGGUCUCUAACGAAGGCAAAACCCGAAUCCUUGAGCAAACAGGCCUAAGGUUUCAAUCAAACAACGAUCGUCUUGAAAAAGAGUUGGAGAAAAUGGGAGAAAAGCUGAUGGAUUUGGAAGAAAGAAAAACGGAUCUUAUGCUAGAGGUUGAAGACGUCACAGCUAAUUCAGGAGAAAACUCAGAAGUAACAAACACAAAUCGAUUCUACAGUAGCAGCACUAGCUAUAUGGCGAGCAAUUCUUCGUCUGGACCUAACUACUAUUAGGUAAUGAAGAGGGGAGCACCUGCUAAGUCCAAAAUGGGUUGACGAGUUUGUCACCCAUGCUCGGAUCUCGUUACUUUAUUCACUAGUGAUAUAAGAUUAAUUCUUGGUGUUAUUUGGUGUAAGAUUAUUACCCAGGCUAUUAAGGAAAAGUAAGCAAACUGAUUGGUCUAGGACUGCGUCACAUCGUGUAAUCAUCACUUCGUGAAAGAUGACUAUAAUACUGCAGCACGAAAUCAAAAAAUGACGACAGCCUGUAUUGAUGAUAUUUCUGAAGUGAUUUUGAAGAAGAAUGAAAGUGAAAUUGCUUCGGUAAUCGGGGAGAUUGUACAGACUAGUCUAAUUGGGUUCUUUCAACAGUAUCAAUGAAGUGCUAAAGCCACAUGGAGUAAGUAAAAAUUGUUAAAUUUAGAGUAUUGAUAUACAAAAUGCCAGAAAAAUAGUAACUGAACAGGCCUUUUUGUGACACUACAUCUUAAUCCAAAGCGUGUAGUUGAUCGCUAGCACGUAAUUUAUAGUGAUUUCAGUGGUAGAAAAUUUUAUUUCAUUUUCAAUCAACUGAUUCACAAAGUUGCGUUUCACAUCGAGUUCCACUGAUUUUUCUUUCAGAGGAUUUCUCCUUUGAAGGGAGAAGUUUAUCAAUCUUAUCAUAUUUAAAUUUAGUUUUCACAGUAGAUCAGACUGUCUAGAUGUUUAAGGACACGUAUGAUCUAUUAUUGCUUGCUAAGGCAUUAGGUAUCAAUUUGAAGCAAAUUGCGAUGUGCAACAUCAAUUGAGGGGUAAGUCAAAUUCUUUGAUUAUCACAUUGGAGUGUGUCAUUCCUCAAAGAUUAAAUACUUGUUCUACCGCUAGACUUUUCCACCUGGGAAACUAACUUAGCAUCGUUGAGGUGCGGUAAUCUAUGAGACUACGAAAAAAUUUAGGUAGUUAUAGUCAGUUAUCUCAAGCAUUGGACAAUUUUCACUCCGUUUUAUAGCCAUUUAAUGUUUGUAAUAUUUAUUAUUUUAGAUUAACACGAGUAAAGCCAUGACUAGUUGUGGGGAUUGUUUAUUGUUUUACUUUCAGUGAAUUUGUCUUUUUUGAGAGAAAGCUUUCAAAUAUUUUCCAACCGUUUAUAAUAUGUAGCAGUAGUUUACUGAGGGUAGAUAGAUUGUUAUGAUAAUCGGUUUAAGAGGCCAUUGGGAACACGAUGCUUUGUCUUUCAAUUUCGUAGCAUUUAGUAAGUCAUAAUAACUUAAUAAGUAACCUAACUUUUAUUUCGUUAGAAAUAUUUUAAAUAAUACAGCUCUUUUGGUGUCUGAGUGUUACCGGUUUAUUAAAGGUACCAGUAAUUUGAGGGUGUAGGAUUAGUAGUGGACAUUGGUGUGGAAGCCAUGAAAGGCUAUUAACAGCACGAUGUUUUUUCUUUCAAUUUUGUGUUCUAAAAUUAAUCAUACCGACUUGACAUGAAACUUUACUUUCAUUUCGUUAGAAACACUUUCAUUGGUAAAGCUUCCUAAGUAGCUAAACAAUACAGUUUUCUUUUCUGGGAGAAAUCGAUUUGGUGAACUCAUUUCUGUGAAAUUUGUAAUUUACGAGGAAACAAGUCGCCUGCAUAAUGCACUUUUUCAAUCAAGGACAUUUCAUGUUCAGCAGGGAAGGGAUCUAUUCUUUGUGGGAGGCUAUUGAUUAAUUCACAUAAUAAAAACAUUUCCUCUGAGUCACUGCCUUCUUUCUUUUUUUAAACAAGGGGCUUAGUGUAUGCGUGAUACCAAUACUUUAAAAAAAAAAGCAAAAAAACAAAAAACUGGUUUAGGUCUUUUUAUAUCUAUCCUUCCAACUAUCGCACAACGAUCUACAUCCCUGUAUUUUGCAAGUAGUUAAAAACUCGCCUGAAAAGGUUCAACUCGGAAGUUGGAAUUGUUGUUGAUUUUCUUUGGUGCAGAAAGCACACGUGUAUUGACGAAGUUGACAUUCACAAUAAUACUAACUGUCAGAGACAUUCAUUUGAGCAGGAUGAUCUCCCCCCAGUCAGUAUUGUGUUACUUUUUCUUAUCAUCUCAGCGAUGACGGUAGUAUAUUGUUAUCAUUCCACAAAAGCGCAGUAAAAAGCAAAUUUCAUUCAAUAUCUAUGCUUACCACUCUUAAUAUUUGGCCAAAUGGCAAUCCGAGUUUUUUUUUGUCUCCGAUUUGAUGAUCGGCAUGUAUUACGCCCCUUUACGCAACUUGUGAAUAAAUUUGCGACAGAGUUUCCUUUUCUUAGAAAGCGGAUAAGAUUUGUCUCCCAAGAGUCUCUUCCGGUUUCAUCAGAGUGGCGUCUGUCAUACAUUUCUAGGUUGGCUGGU